CAGGACCUUCGCAAGUUCCUGCACUGGCACCUUAACCACUCGGAGAUCACGAAGCUCGGCACUCUCUAUGUCUUCGCCCGACAGUUCAGACAGGCGUACAAGAUCCAGACCGGACAGGUGUUGGACACGAAACUGAUUUCGGAGAUGAGACACAACACACUACGAACUGAGUUCGAUCUGCAGGAAGAUCGAUCCGACAAGCCCGUACUCAACGUCGAUGACCUUCUGGCGACCUUGCAUGUCCACUGGGUUCGGUGUCAGGAGUGGUACGCAGCUGAGCGUCAACGGGUACAGCUCUCUCUGAUACUCUUGCUUAUCGUGUAUACCUCUGCGCGGCCUUCGGCGGUCUUUACCUCUUUCGAGACCGCUGGGGACUGCUUGAAGUAUAAGGAUAUACAGAUAUUCAAGGUCAAGGGACAGUCUCAAGACGACCACGUCUUGCUCAUGAUUGUUACCCUUAGGCUUAUGAAAGGCCAGCGCAACAAGUCUCUUGCGCCGAAAUACGUUUUCCACGAGCGGGAUGACAAUCUCGCCUUCUGUCCGAUCCUGCACGUCCUCGCUCUUGCAUUUGCAGACAAGGCAUUCAGUAGUCCGUGGCUACAGGAACCAAAGGACAUCUAUACGUUCCAUGUUGAUGGCGAUCGAGGCCUUCAGGGACUGCCUCUCGAGUGGAAGCGUGACAUGCUCGAUAUGCCGGUUUUGCGCCGGUCUACAGAUAGCCGGGCCGCCCUGAAAUACCAUGAGGCUCGCGACGCCAACGUAAGGCUGGGCAAAGCAGUGGGCUACAAGGACCCUUUCCAGUUCUACCAGGGUCGACGGGGCGCUGGCGAGGCCCUGAACGCUCGCACCACGGUAGCGGUCCGCAACCGGGCUAUGGGACACAGUCGAGCAGAGAUAUACGACAAGUAUUACACCAACCAGACUGUCGCUGCCGACACUCAAUCCGCGUUUCUCGGAACGCCAUCGCAGGACUGGAUGGUCAGUCUUGCUUCCCAUCUCGGUCUUACGCGUGACCCAAGCGCACAGAAACUAGUUCCAGACCCAACAUCACAAGAGGUGGACAGUCAGCGCGAAGUGUCUCAGUUGAUACAACAGACACAGGAAUUACGCUUGCAAAUCGUCCAAAGGUACGGGAGUUUGAAGCGUGCUCUUCAAACUCCUAUCCUAGACGCGUACAAAUCGAGCCAAGCGCAACUUCGAGGCGCGCGACUCCGAGCAUCGAAGGAGCUAAAAAAACAACGAUGGAAGGAGCACUUCGACACAAUUGGUAAGACGGAGAUCGCUCGACAGCGAACGGGCCAACCGCUACCUUCAUCGCAGAAUCCGGAAGUGCAAUAUGAGUUCGAGGAGCGAGCCUUACUCUCCGAGCUCCUUUGCCGAAACGAUGACGUGAGCAAGCUUGAAACAGGCGACGUGGUCCAUCGACGCCUCCAAGCGUUGACCGCUAUGGUGGCUUUGUGUCAUCGUCGUCAAGGCCCUCGCCAGCGACGGCGUCGCUCCGCCAGUCCCGUACCAAGUGAGCCUUAUGCCGAUACGAUCAACCUCGAUUGUCUCCAAGGAAACCAGUGUCCUUGGUGUCUUCACGAUGAGACUCUAUCAAAAGGCAAACGGCAGUUUGCAUACUCGCAGAUCAGCAAGUUGCGGGACCACAUCCAGAAGAAGCACUUCCCA